AUGGAUCGUGUUCGCUUCUUUUCCUUCUGGUGGACGGCUGCCGAGGAGCAUUCACGUCAUAGAGUGACUCUGCCAGAAAUCCAGCAACAGAAUCACAAUGACAGAAUCGAGCCGUUGUCGCUGGUCACCCGGGUAGUCAUUGACGACGACUCGUCAAAUGGCGGAACGACAGAGUGGCGGAAGUUGCGUCAUGAGCGUCACCGUGACGCCGUGACACUCCCCUCUUCCCGACGGCCAUGUCGGACCGAAUGCCUGUUUUCUCGCAUUCGCCCAGAUCCACAAUACACACAUCCCAUUCGCAAUGCACUCACGAGUCCAGACUCGUCCUUGCUUGUCGGCGCGAGCAAGGAACCUACACACAUUGACCGACUUGAACUUGGAAGGAGGCGAAGGAAUAGACGCGGCGGGAUGUCCUGGAGGUGGAACUUGAACUCCCGACCAGAACUCCACUACUCGGUUUUCACCUACCCACACCCACCCGGAUCCUCCUUAGCAACACUCUUGCCGGCUUCUCAGAGAGUCAUCCGCGAGCUGCAGCGCGUGCUUUCCUACGUCUUCCAGGUACGGACUCAAAAGCGAGUCCAACGCCGGGUACCCUGCGAUGUCGCUCCUCUCAUUCAGCAACGCAUCUGGAAGGGACUCGAUCACGGAUAUGUCUCGUUAGCUACACCGUCCGGAAACGUUCACAUCUCGUUUGAACCAUCUGCUCCCCGUUUCUACGUCUUUACGAGGGGAUAUCGCCGGAGGCAAACCCAUUGCUUUCUCUGGCGGCUCCAAAGACAAAAGAGGCCUCCUCCAUUUUUCUGCGGCCUUCCUUUCACACACACUCUUCCACGAAGUCAUCUGUAUUCACCGACCCGAACAAUGUCGACACAUGCCAUACAAAUCCUCCUACAAUUACAAUCCCGCCAUGUCGCGCUGGCUGCGCUUUAUUUCUUUUUCGCAUUUACCAUCGGUUACGCAUCGCCCGCCCAAGCCUUUCAACUCCUUAUCCACGUUUCUCGGGACUCGACCUCGGGCAGUAGUUGUCCCAUGAUCGCUGAAUCCAUUGUUGAUUUUUUUUCGCGGCGUUUAUGA